UUUCUCUACGUUUGUUUUUUGUCCUUUUUUUAGCACCAUGAAAGCCACAACGUGGCUGUGUCCAGUCUUAACACUAUUGUGUGCUACAAAACUCGUUUAUACAGCACAAAGAGGAAGUUACGGUGGUUAUCACCUGGAUGACAUGGAUUCCCAAUUGUUACAGAAUGAUUACUUCCGUUCGAAACGCAACAAACCAUCUUUGUCAAUUGUGAAUCCACUGGAUGUUUUGAGGCAACGUUUGUUACUGGAAAUAGCUCGUAGGCAAAUGAAAGAGAAUUCGAGACAGGUGGAAUUGAAUCGAGCCAUAUUGAAAAAUGUUGGCAAACGUAUGGCCAGCAAAUAUUCAUCACCCCUGACUGCAGCCCUAUACGAUAUACAUGAAUCACAGCAGAUGCAACCAGAACCCAUGCAACAUUUACAACCCUAUGACUACGAAUUAAUACCCACAACAUUAAUUUUUGAUUAUCUACAACAGCAACAGCAGCAACGACAUCCUUGGUUGCCUUACGAAUCGACUGCUAUACAAUUUGAUAACAAUUACAUUAACGAUGCUAUCGAAGGAUCUGCGCUUUCUUCGUCUCCAACCGCUGGCGAGGAUGAUGCUGAGUCUGGUGAACAGGACAUUAUGGUAUUUAAUGGGGCAAUGGGCAAUAAUGACAAACAUUCCAUGAAACAUAUAAAACAAUCAAAUAAUGAACAUUCCAACACAGCAAAUGAUGAGCAACGUGAAGCAGCAACAUUUCAAAAAUCAAUCAACAACAACAUCAACAGAAAUGACGAUAAUAAACGUUUAACCUUGAUUAAUAAUCAUCAACUUCAUCAUCAUAAGAACGAUUUGAACUUAGAUCUUAAUGAUGCAAAUCCAAUAUCGUCGAAUCCAAAUGCAAAUGAUUUUAAAAAUGAAAUGAACGAUAAUGCUGGUGAUUAUCAGAUACAACGUUAUUUGUAUCAUUUGCAUAAAAAUCAAAAUCACUUAACGAGAAAGUAAAUUUAUUUAAGAGACCUUCUA